AGCCGUUUGGGGAUGGUGUGGCCCGCGAAAACACGGUAAAACAUGGGCACGGUUCUUAGCUUCUCACCAAGGGAGAGGCGUCCUGUGUACACGACGACAACGGCCGGCCCGACAGCGGAGUACACCCUCAACAACCUGAGUUACGAGCAGCUUAACAACGCGAAAAACCGCGAGGCCAUGGCUGGCAAACUGCAACCCGCUCCUCCGGCGAAUAACGAAAAUUCGAGAAUAAUUUCUGAAAAGAACGCCUUAGAAAAAUCGUUCAAAAAGCAUUCCCUCUUACUCAACGCCUUGUCAUGGAAAAGGUUCUCGACGACCAACAACUCGAAGAAAAAGCUUGAGAACAAAAACAAGAAUCUCGUCUAUCGACCUCCUCUCGUCGACAAUAUCAAUCCGAUAGUCGAUAAAAACAAAAACAUACAGAAAACUCUUUAUUAUUCUUCUAUGGUCAAAUCCGCCACGACCACUUCGAUACCGACCUCCGCCGGGUUGGACAUUAGGGCGAACAACGCCAACAACAACACGUGCAGCGAGAAGUUGAUACCGAAAGCUGUCCUCCUUCCUGCCACACUACAGAAUCAAAGGCUACCCGCUAAGAAAACUGUGAUCCAAGCGUCCACGUCCGAGCUGCUUAAGUGCCUCGGCAUUUACCUCCACACCAAGUGCUAUAGACUCAAGGACUUUCAAGCAGGUGACGCCGUGAUGUGGCUGAGAACAGUGGACCGAAGUUUACUCCUACAAGGUUGGCAGGAUGUCGCAUUCAUAAAUCCGGCCAAUGUUGUCUUUGUUUACAUGCUUGUGAGAGAGCUGGUACGCGGUGAGGAGGUGGAGAGCGAGCCACAGCUGCAAGCAGUCGUACUGACAUGCCUCUACCUCAGCUACAGCUACAUGGGCAACGAGAUCUCAUAUCCUUUGAAGCCGUUCCUGGUCGAGGAGAGCAAAGACAGGUUCUGGGACAGGUGCCUGGUCAUAGUCAACUCGCUCUCCAGGUCAAUGCUCAGGAUCAACUCGGAGCCGGCCUUCUUCACCGAGAUCUUCACCGAGCUGAAGGCGUGCGGCUCCACGAACCAGGGUGUGCCCACCUCGGCCGCUUGACCCCCCCAACAUCUCAUGGUCCGUCUAAGCUUAGCCCAGGCGAGGGGCCGCCCAACCGUUCUCUAGAUCUUCCCGGGGACUCUUUCCCCCUUAUUCUAACACCGAUCAAUGAAAUUUAUCAUAAUUCACUCAUUAAUCCCGGGCCCCUAAUUUAUUUCUGUGAUUUCUGUAAACCCUGCUUUAAACUUUUAUUGAUCAAUUUUAAUUAAUUGAGUGAAAUGUUGCUUUUUUAAAAGGAUAUAUUUUAAAUGAAAAUCGUUGAUAAAUAUUUGUUAAAAUAAUUUGUUAAAAAGCAAUUCUACAAGCCAAAAGAAUUCAAUAAAUUGAUUAGUUUAUGCUGUUACAUUUUUCUAUGGGAAAGUCAAGCUUAGCUCAUGCAUGACGAUUGGUAGAAAGAAAUUUCUAGGAUAGCGAAUACCGUUUAUAGAGUUGAUCAGGUCAGUCAGACACAUUUUGUCAAUAAUCAAUAUUUAGUUUAGCUAAUCUCUAAAUGAUUAAAUUGGUGUUUUGUUACCAAUUAAUAAAGAGCUAGUCUAAUGUGACAUGGAUUUGCUUUUAUCCUUUUUAUUCUCGGGUCCAAUAGUGAACAAAUGACUAAUUCUAAGUCGAACCUAAAUUAAUACUGCAUUAGGUGCAUAGCAGAUACUCAAAAAACAUACUUCUGGUUAUGUAGCGUGUGUAUUAUAAACAAUUAAAAUAAAUAUAAUUAAUAACAAACUAUCUUCUAAUUUGUGAAACAAAAUUUAUGAUCAAAUAUUUUUAGCCAAAUCUACAUACGAAUCUAAUAAAAAUGUUACUUUUAUAAAUUAAAUUAGAAUAAAAAGAUAAAUUACAUUCAAAAAUAACAAUAAAAAAAGACGAUAAGCAGGUGUGAAGAAAAGCACAACUGACCAUAUAAUGUGUAAAUAUACAUUUUUGUAUUCAUCAAUAUUUUUAAUAAACUUUAUUACUUUAAAUGAACUUUAACUUUAAAGGUUUAAAAUAACCCAAAAUUACUUUUAAACUACUGUGCAAAGUUUAUAUUACAAAUAGCUUUAUGAUUGUCAUGAUUUUAUUACUAAAUUUACAUUUAAUUUGUAAUUUUGUUAAAAUAUAAUGAAAGUAUUAAUUACAGUUUUAUGAAAAUAGAUAUUCAAAGUUGUAGGUGUUGGUAUUGUUUUAAAAUUAGUUUUGAAAAUUAGUUGUCUGAUCGUUCAGCUGAUUCAAUAUGAAGAAGUAUUU